AUAUUGUGCCAAAUGAACCAAGCACAGGCUUAAUACAAAGCCAUUCAGCUACAUAGAUUUAAAAAAAAAAUGAGGCCCUUGGCCAAUCUCCAGUUGUCCAUACAAUUCCUCCUCUUCACUCUCUUCUUCAUUUCCUCUCAUGCAGCCAUCUUUCAAAUCCGCAAUGAGUGCCCUUACACUGUUUGGGCAGCAGCAAGCCCAGGUGGUGGUCGCCGCCUAGACCGCGGCCAAAGUUGGACCCUCAAUGUGGCCGCUGGCACUGCCAUGGCACGUAUUUGGGGUAGGACAAAUUGUAACUUUGAUGGUAGCGGUCGUGGCCAUUGCCAAACUGGGGAUUGUGGUGGUGUCCUAGAGUGUAAAGGCUGGGGUGUCCCUCCUAACACCUUAGCUGAAUAUGCACUUAACCAAUUUGGUAACAAGGAUUUCAUUGACAUUUCCCUAGUUGAUGGGUUCAAUAUUCCAAUGGACUUCAGCCCAACUAGUGGUGGGUGUCGUGGAAUUAGGUGCACAGCUGAUAUUAAUGGACAGUGUCCCAAUGAGUUGAAGACCCCAGGUGGGUGCAAUAACCCAUGUACAGUUUUCAAGACCAAUGAGUAUUGUUGUACUAAUGGGUAUGGUAGCUGUGGACCCACCAAUUUCUCAAGGUUCUUCAAGGAUAGGUGCAGAGAUGCUUAUAGUUACCCUCAGGAUGAUCCUACAAGCACAUUCACAUGCCCUGGUGGGACUAAUUAUAGGGUUGUGUUUUGCCCAGUAGGGUCACCUCGUUUCCCUCUAGAGAUGGUAGGAAGUAUGAGUGACGAGUAAUUAAAGAGUCUUUUUUGGGUUUUUGAGGCUUUGAGAGGUUGAUAAAAAUAAGGCCUCGAUCAGUAUGUAUUACUAUUUCCCUUUCUCUUUGUUUUGUUUCUGCUCAGCUGUAUAACCAAAACCUUAAUUAAAAUAAAGAUGUGUUUUAUCUA